CUCUGAAAGCAACACUGAGCCGGAGACCAAGCCUUACGAGUGCCACUGAUGAAUACUCUGAAAGCAACACUGAGCCGGAGACCAAGCCUUACGAGUGCCACUGAUGAAUACUCUGAAAGCAACACUGAGCCGGAGACCAAGCCUUACGAGUGCCACUGAUGAAUACUCUGAAAGCAACACUGAGCCGGAGACCAAGCCUUACGAGUGCCACUGAUGAAUACUCUGAAAGCACCACUGAGCCGGAGACCAAGCCUUACGAGUGCCACUGAUGAAUACUCUGAAUGCAACACUGAGCCGGAGACCAAGCCUUACGAGUGCCACUGAUGAAUACUCAGAAAGCACCACUGAGCCGGAGACCAAGCCUUACGAGUGCCACUGAUGAAUACUCUGCUUAAUGGAAGGAUCCAACCACUUAAUAAAAUCUACAGUAACAUCAUUUCUUAAAACGCAGUAUAGCAUAUAUGGUCAACUCAGUUUCAUGAAAUUAGUGCACGAGAGUUUUCCAAAUUAUAAAACUAAAACAUACAAGACCGGAAAAAAUAACACUCAAUUUAAGUUUGCCUUAUUUUGUCAUUAACAGUUACUUAGGAAAUACAGUUUUUCAUUGAUUACAAAUCGAAGGAAAUAUGACUGUGUUUUUUUUUCACUUGCAUAUCGAAAAUUAUUCAAACAAUAGAAAUCAUGGUGAAGUUUUGGAAUAAUCUGAGUUUGGUAUUAUGUUUGAUGUUUUAUGGGGUGGUGCAAUCGCAACAGCCAUUCGGUUACAUAGGAUGUUACGAAAAGAGCACAUUUGGAAAAAACAUCACGACGGCGGUGACGCGAGAAAUCCAUGGCACGUACUGUAUUGACGUUUGCAAGACUUUAAUGUACAGAUAUGCUGGUACACAGGGUAUACAUUGUAAAUGUGGCCAUACUAUCCGAAGUCAUUCCAAACGAACAGAUUGUACAUUUGUAUGCGCAGGGCUGAGGAAUGAAUUCUGUGGGGGCUUAGAAAGCAUGUCAGUGUAUGAUAUAAGUAUAAAGACCCAACCGGAGACAAUUACCACACCGCGAACUACAACAACAACAACUGCCAGCACAAUAUCGACUGUCACGAUUAAAGAAUUUACCGAACCGACUAAUCCUGAUCUAAUUACAGUAACGACGCUACCUGAGACAACUGUUACACCGUCAUCUACUCCAACAACUGUCACUAUAAUGUCGACUGACACGAUUAAUGAUUUUACAGAUCAGACUACUGGGGAUCAAACCAAUAAGGAGACAGAGAAAGUUGGUAUACAGUCAGCAACUAGUUUGCAAAUUAGCGCGAAAGCAACAGUUGAAAUCAUCAAUAUGUCUACCGAUCGUAUCAGAAAACAAACAAGUAUAUCAAUAAUGGAACCAAAAUCAACAAAUACAGUUUUGUCAACAGCCAUGAAUACUAUCCCGUUAACAACAGACACUACAAAAUUGGCAAACAGCGGCUCUACUGCAAUAUACAUCUUAGUUUCGGUUAUCUCUGUAGUGUUGAUUGACGUCACUGCAAUCGUCAUCGUCUGCAGAUGGAGAAAACAGCGGUUACCUAAAGACAAAUAUGUUCAUAGCGAAACCGUAUCUAAUCAGUGUGCUCUAUACGACGUAGUAAGUUUAAAAGAGGACGUAGAUUUCGGUAAUGUACAAUGGGAAGAAACGUCUGCAUAUGGAUACAGCAAAGUAAAUAUUAGGUCGACCAAGCGUGUUGAAUCAGACGACAGUGUUGAACUGCAUCAAGAAUCCAGCUUUUCAACUCUUCCUGGCUAUUCAAAUGUAAACCACAUAUUCCAAAAUACAGAAUAUGCUUCGCCAGAUUACGCGAACACGUAUAUUGCAGAUGAUCUAGCUUACGGAAGAUAUUGGACAGGUACCACUGACACUUGUGGCAUGUAUGACACAAUACGAAGUAACACAAAAACAAAAAAUAUUAUCAAAAUGACAGAUUGUUGUAAACCAGCGUAUGAUCAUAUGCUAUUUGGUAACCAGGGCGAGAAAGAUUAAGUACACACUCAAAACUAUACUCCUUAUUAUUGUAAAAUUCAAUUUAGCACAACAAAACAUUUGUUUUAACUUACGAACAAUUAUCAAAAAAGUGAAGUUGACGAAUCAGGCAGAAUUCUUAUUACUUUAGGUGAUCAGGACGACUAAUCUCUCAUGACAGAGACAGAGACAGAGACAAAUUAAUAAAGUAAGAGUGGUAUAGGACAAUCGAAUAUAGAAAUGUGAACCUAUGGGCUACGAAAGUGUAUUUAAUCUUAUGGGCGAAAUAAAUUUGUUCAAACAUACAAACAGCUGAAUUUCCGAUAAACUGAAAGUUAUGGCAUAAUGCCAUUUAUCAGGAUACCGAGCUCGGCAUACAGAAAUGAAAACUGUUUUAAGAAUUAACGACAACCUGUGUGGGAGUAAAAAUACAUGUAUAUAACGGCAACCAUGUAGCUAGACUCCCAAUGAAAUUUAGUUUGUUUAUUGUGUCUCAGAGACAUUAUCGCCAAUCAUGGAGUUAGAUUCCCCAUGCAAUUUAGUUUGUUUAUUGUGUCUCAGAGACAUUAUUACCAAUCAUGGAGCUACAUUCCCCAUGCAAUUUAGUUUGUUUAUUGUGUCUCAGAGACAUUAUUGCCAAUCAUGGAGCUAGAUUCCCCAUGCAAUUUAGUUUGUUUAUUGUGUCUCAGAGACUUUCUCGCCAAUCAUGGAGAUGGAUUUCCUAUGACAAAGCUGGUAAUUAAAGCGUAAAACUGCUGUUUCAGUCACUUCUUGAGGAUGUUUUAACAGAAGAGUGUGUUAACAGAGAUAUUCUCGUGCUCAAGUACUGAUAAAACUCUUGUUUUGCAUGUGCGCGUUCCGUGGCAAAGUGUAAAAGUAUUACGGCCCGAAAACGGAUAAUUCAUAAGGAAAUAACAGCCCACAUGUUCACGUGCAUUUUAUGGGAAUUCAAUGGCGUUGAGGGACAGCAAAUCCUUUAUAGGUUUUUUAAUGUUUUAUGUUAGAUUAAAUGUAGCGCAAGUUCAUUUCGUGUUACAAAGUACUUAGAAUCUAUAGGGAUACGUUGGUUCUCUCGCCGAACUGAUCUUGAGUACCAACCGAUCCUUCAGGAUCCGACAGUUGUUAAAGAAAAAGCAUGCGUUAUCACUACAUUGUAACAAUCUGACGGUUUAAGUCCGAUCCAAAAAUGUUAAGAAUAAUUGUUGCUUCGCCGUUUGGCUGAUGCUAAUAUAAAAGUGCUUGUAAUUUCCUGGCGAUCAGGUGGCAAACUUAAACUGUAAGGUACAUGAAAUAUAGAAUUAGGAUCAAUUCAGCAAUACACUAAAUUGUUAUAGUAACAAAAUUGUUUAUAUUCACUAAAGUAUUAGCUUACUACAGAUUUUAAGCUUCCGCGUGGACAAGAUACUGCGCACUUACAAUAGGGGUUUUCUCAAACUGCAUAUUUCGUUUAAAUAACUGAUGCAAUGUUGUACCUCAAAAUGGUAGGAAUGCAUUUUGGUAGACACUACCAACAUGCGUUACUCGUAACGCAGUUUGGUAAUUUACAAAAGAGAAGGACCAAAAUGCGUUGGAUUUGUACACAUCCAACGCAAAACGGUAUUAACACAAAUGAAGAAAAAAGCCAAAAUCUGCAAUAAAUAUUAAGAGAAAAUCAUCCGCAUUUAUAUAUUUAUAUAAAUACUAAGAUACAUGACAUUGUAUACCUUAAUGCGGAGAAAACUUCAUUUCUGAGUAAAGAAUUAUCAGUGAUUUUUUUACCCAUCCAAACACAUAGAAACCACCAUUUCCACGCGUUGUCCGCGGAGGACCCCGAAAUACCAUUCGCAUGUAUAAGCGUAAAAUAUUAAAUACAACGACAGAGAAUUUAACUGUUGGAAACUUCUUCAAAUAAGCCCAAGCCAACCUUUUAACCAUUCUUUCACGUUGUGUUUCAAAGAUAUCUGUGGUGGACUCUCGAAACACUUCAGCUUUACAGAGGGAAAAUGUUUUUGCCGGAAAUAUUCAUCUAAGACCCCUUAAACAUACACAAAAAUUAUUGUUACAUGUAUUUUCAAUCUAAAAUUUGGUAAACAUCAAAUUCCAGUAUGCGGGGAUUAUGACAAUUUAAUUCUAGACUUCUUUUAAAGCAUGGUUACUGUUAUACUUGUAAUUUUUGUAUAUUAUGCAUUUUAAAGACUUCUGAAAUUUGAGACGUGUUUGUCGAAGAGACAUUGAAGCAAUUCUGA